CUUUUCACGGUCCAAUUCCCGUUUUCCUCACCGUUCAUGCAUUCACUCGACGUCCUGUCGCGCAUGCAUCGAAUGUGCAUCUGCGGAGACGCCGCGGUUCCCCGGAGAGUCUGUUUUCGCGUUGGCUUUUGUCAUUGUUAGUUCUUUCCCGUUCUCCCCUCGUCUUUCCAUGUAUUUUGUCUUCCAUUUUCUUUUCAUUGAGACCCUCUUCUGCCUCUUUUCUUCCACACCUCCACCUCGACAGAGCUUCCUCGGGAGGCAUGAUGAGGCUGGCUCUUCUCGGUCCUUCGCCCAGUGCGUUCGUUUCCAUGCUCUUUCGCGUUUUCGCUUCCUUCAAUACACUUGAGAGGAAGGGAGAAGCACUCUUGACUGCCUCCAAUCGGGUUUCCUUCUUCUUUCCCUGUCUACUUCUUCUUUCGCUUCUUCUCACUCCCGCGGCUUCCAUCACCGCUGCCCCUCGCUGCAGUCGAGGCCUGUCCCGGCUGUCCUCCGCAACACUUCUGUCAGCUCCUGGUAUGCUCUGUCGCCCCGACGACGUCAGAAGAAAGUGGAUUUUUCUGCAGGAUAAGCCUUUGCAGACAGCGACUUCUCUUUUGAAUUCGCAUUCUUCUGCCCCGUCGCGGCCUCUUCAUCUGUCCGCUCUACGUAUCCAGAAGCUACGCGACGUCUCCUCGUCUCCGCCAUCUAACGUAGUUAAACUCCAGCGACAUGCCAUUCUUCCUGAUUUUUCUUCCACGUCUCCCUGGUCCCCGGGCUCUUUGUCUCUUCGUCUUUUGCCUCCUUUUCACUCGACUCCAGAGCUAGCUUACAUCCCUUCUGCCCGAGACAGAGCACAGCGCUGUUCUUCUACCUCACGUCCUGACCUCUUUACGGAGGAAAACCCAUUUGGGUGUGGCUUGCUGUCUCCUCUCUCACAUCUGUCUCCAUCUUCCCGUCCGCUUCCCUCUGUGUCCGGCUCUUGCCCGCCUCCGCUGCCCAGUGCAGGUGUAGAGAAGACACCCGAGACGCCAGCCCCGCGUCUGGGACUUCCGCGGCCAAGCCAGCCAUCGAGCGUGCUCUGCCGCUUCCCUCGCUUUAGACGCGACAAGUCUUGGUCUCGUGUUUUUUCUUGCUUCUCUCGACCAGGCACACCGACAAGAAAGACAACUCCGAAGGCGCAAGCUCCAUCUGCCAGAGUCACAGAGGAGACGAGCCAGGCUGGUCUCACGAGUCUUCCCGCUGAAAACUCGACUGAUGAAGCGCCUGCGUCUGCGUCUUCGCAGCCCUCUCCACGCGCGCCCGCCGAGUGCGCUAGACCAGUCGCCCCGUCGUUCAUUUGUUUGCGUUCUCCCGCAAAAAUCAAUCUCUUUCUGAAAGUCUUUCCUCGCGCAACCGGCGACGCAUUCCACCCUCUUCUCUCGCUCUUCCACUUCGUCUCGCUGUCCGACUAUCUGGCGGUUGGGCUGCUGCCUCCGGGACUCCAGGCAAACGCGCGACCGCCUAGACGUCGAGAGAGAAAAGAAACGAGCGACGAAGACAGAACACUCCGAGACAGAGAACAGGGAACGCACACACUCUCAGGAGAGAACAACGGCGAACGAGGAGAGAACAAAGACCUCGGAGAGCACACAAACGUUGGCGAGAACGGAUCUGGAGGAAACAAGAGAAACGUGGAGGGGGAGGACGAGAGAGAAAACGAUGUGGGGUGUCUCUCACAAGUGAACUUUGAGAUUCUGAACCCGUUCCCCGCCUCUGUAUUCCCAGCCCUCUCAACUCUCUCUUUUCCGUACUGCUGCGAAUCCAAGGAAGGCGACAUUCUUUUCUCUUCCUCGCCUCUCCCGUGCUCGGCAGAGAAAAAUUUGGUUCUCAGAGCCUUCAGCCUGUAUCGCCGCAGGAUCCAGGAUCUCGAGAGAAAAGACAUCACACAACGCAGAGAGAAAGACGGACAGGAGGGACAGAGAAACUGUGCGUCUGGGGCAGACCGUGAUUCGCCUCGCUUUGUCGCGUUUCUGCACAAGAGCAUCCCGACUGAGGCUGGUCUUGGCGGGGCUUCUUCGAACGCCGCGACGGCACUGCUGGCUGCAUGCGCGCUUGCGCCACCUGCUGGCUUCUUCGAGCUUGUUUCCACGGAAAACACACACGCAAAAGCAUGGGAGUCGCCUCCGACAGGAGAGCCCAGUGCGGCAGCCGAAGAAGCGGCAGGGCGCGAACUCUUGGAGACCGAGGAGGCGUCAGCGGGGCCUGCGUGGCGAGGCGAGCCUCCCGGAAACCGGCGAGACAAAAGGAGACGCCUCUCCAGCGAGGCCGAGAGCGAGGAUGACCAGAAGGGCGAGGCGACUCUCAGUCGCGCUCAAGAGAGAUGUCUGAGGGAGCGAGUGGGGCUUCAGAGAGGUGCAGGCACACCGAGGACUCUCCCAGAGACCCUUGGCAGAGACUGGAGGCGCUUAGAGGUGGAGACAAACGAGAAAAUAAAAGAGGAUGCAGAACGAGGGUCGGAAAAGGAGGUGAAAGAGGAUGCUGCAGAGGAGGAUUUUCAAUCGAAGGAGACUCAAAGGCUCUUGACUUGGCUCGCGGAGAUCGGUGCAGAACUCGGCAGCGACGUUCCGUUCUUUCUUCUCUCCCGCGGCGCCGCUCUAUGUACAGGGCGCGGCGAGAUCGUUCGCGACUGCAGCUCCGAGAUUUCACGUCAGUUCCGUCUCGCGCUCCGCCUCGGCGCCCAGAAGAACAACCAAGAGAAAGAAACACGAGAGAAGAGAGACACACGAUAUAAUGGCGAGAAAGAGAAUCAGCAGCACGGGGAGCCGGAGGAAGAGAAUGAGGAGGAAGGCAUGAGAGUGCGCCAAGGACAGUCUUUGUUGAACGCAGGGAAAGAUAGGGGAGAGAAGGAGGGAGAAGAGAGGUCGCUCUGUGUGUAUAUUUUUAAGCCGCGGGAAGGACUAGGGACGAAAGCAGUGUAUGACGCGUUUCGGACCCUGGCGAAUACCUCGGACGCCCCGUCCUCGCCUGCGGUGGCUUUCUCCGCUGCGUUGCAAGCUCAUCUCGCGCAGUCGGCUUCUCGGUCUCGCACCUUCUCCGAUGCUCCCGAGAACACGCUCGAUUCGCUGCUUCCGUCCUUCAUUCCCUCACUGUUUGAGAACGACCUCCAGGCGCCUGCAGAGACACUCCUGCCUUCUCUCUCUCGCCUUCGAGAGCAGCUGGAGGCGUUCCAAAGCAGGGCGAGCCCCUGGGGAUCUCUGCGCGUGCACGGAGGCUCGAGAGAGCCUUCGGAGUGGCCUCAAGCGCUUCGUGGUUCUCGAGAGGAGGGGGCAGAGACGUCGCCUCCUCGAAUGCGCUUCUCGAACUCACUUCGCGAAGUGAACGGCACCGAGUCUCUCCGGCUUUCGCCAGAACCGAGAAGUGAGGAGGAGCUGGGGGUCCUCCUCCUGGCUGCGGGGAUGACCGGAAGCGGCUCUGCCUUCGUCGCCCUGACGGCAGAACCCGCAGACGGACGGGAGCCGGAGAAGGGAAGAGAAGAAACACAGAAGGCAGAUACGGAGAAGGAAGAGAAGAAGAACGAGAAGAUGCUUUGGAGACAUUUUCUGGAAGAACAGAUGGAGAGCGGCAUGCGUGUGUUUCGGUGCCGCUUGGUGUCGAAGUUGAGCAGCCUCACCGACGAGACGGCAGAGGACACAGAGCCUUUUUCAGUCGAGAGAUGCAUGCAAGCACGCAGAAGUGUAGAGGGAGAAGAGGACGAUAAGAAAAGACCAGGGAUGAAGGAAAACACAGACUCUCGAGCGGCGAGGAAAGCAAGGGAAGAGGAAAGAGCAGAGAGGGAAGGACAACGCGGGAGGCGCUUGCGACAAGCUGUCCCCUGGUUUAGCAGCGACGUAGCAUUUGAGGAAGUGGAGAGACGCUCGGGGACUGGUGGCGAUCGGGAGAUUCAGCCUUGAAAAUUCAAACGGGAAAGUGAAGAAGGAGAGCGUUGAUGUGAAAAGCUUUUAAGCUCGGGUGUAGCGGUCGAGAGGACCGAGCUCUCGCGCACUUUUUCGGGGACUCAGCGGACGAGCAAGUUUCUUCUGAAACGAGAAGAAACACAGAAAGCCCUCUGCAAGCGGCCGCAUGUACACACACAUAUACGUCUGCAGAUCUGAAUGCGGAUCUCCAUAGAUGCAGACUCGUGCACUUUUGCAAGAAUUAAUGUGGAAAAUUGUAUAUGUCCACGCAUGCAUAAUGAUGUAGACGUGUGUCUCCGUGUGUAAAUAUUUGUGUGUGUGUAAUUUGUAGAGGAGUCGGCAGCUAGAUCUGUCGACACGGACUUUCCUGUUUCUCUGUCUCUGCAGGCGGGUCUGUGCUCUUUCCGAACAAGCCUCUUCUCCUCUCUCCGCGUAGAUCCAUAUCUCUGCUAUAACAUCUGUGCAGCGAGACAUUUGUAAAUCUGCUUCUUGCGCAUGCGUCUCUGGGUUGGCAACGUGAAGUUCGCGGAUGCCUUGAGGGCAGCGACGUUGCUGCCGAACUAAAGGUUUUUCAGUUCGUUUCUCGUGCGAAAGCGUCCUGCGGUUCUCGCGAGCUCACUUCCGGGUGCAAGUGAGCUAGACAAGAGAUUCUGACCAGAAAGCGUCGAGUCAAAAGCGCGUCGACCGCCUGCUCACGCAGUUGUCUCCAUGAACGCGCCUCUCCGCGCGCUGCCACUUGAAGAGGUUCGUGGCUUCACAGCCGCGCCUCACUGCCCAGAAACGAAAAGCCUACUGAGACACGCACCCGUUGUUCAUCAGACGCACGAGCGUCCCUGCGUUGAGUCACAGCUCUCUCGCGGAGAGACGGCGGUCGAAACAGGAUCUAUGCCAGAGGAUGUGUGGAGGUGAUGUACCGCCCUCCAAGAGGGCGCGAGCACACAAUGCUGGAGAAGAGCGCCAAGAGAAUCUCUGCGCUUCAACACAGAAAGAGGCCUCGAACUGAAAACCGGAAAAUUCUAAACCCUCAAACUCCCUCACGGAACAAAUGCGAGGGCGACGGCCGCCCUGAGCGCGGGGGGCGCAUGCAUGCCUGCAUCACUUUCGAUGUACACGCCUUCUCUGGACUCUUUCCCCACAAGUGCUUCCGAAAGAAGAGAACAGAGCACGUUUUUGUCUCUUCCCUCGAAACACACGUUUCUUCUUCCCGUCCGGUCGACCUGGAAAUAUCAGAAACUCUACACAGGCACCUCAGAGCAAGCUUGACUUUGCGUCCUUCACUUGGAAGAGGCUUCACUGUCCUCACAUUGCCUUUCGUGAGUCUCUGAAAACCUAACUCCGUCGGGUCCUUCUUCGACGGAGAAACUCUCUCGGCCUUUCGCCUUCUUCAGACGGCCAGAGAGACUUCAAAAGCCUGGCGGGUGCGCGACCGCCACAUGUGAUACAGAGCGUAGGAGACACAUCUCACAAGGGCAAAUCUUUCUUUCUUGCGGCACAAAAAAGUCGUCUCCAGGUCCAGUUCAUUGCCGUUCGUUGCUCGUCACUACCGGGAGCAACGGUGGGGGAAUGCAGACAACCAGACUCUUCAACAGGUAGCGCUCCUCCUUUCCGGGCUGCAGCGUCGACCUGCCAAGCCUCUCGACCUGUUUCUCGCUCUAGAAAAAGGGUGUCUUCCGCAGAAAGAAUCGUUCUGUCUGCCGCAAAUGCAGUUCUUUCGGAGAUGAAUGUCGUUUUCUCUCUGGAAAA